AUGGCUUCCUCCUCUACUCUUGACCUUCCUAGCAUCAGUCACGUUAUCUCUGUUCGUCUCGAACGUGAUAACUACCCGACCUGGCUUGCUCAGAUUGUUCCUGUUCUUCGCAGUCGCCGCUUGCUCUCCUAUGUUGAUGGUAGCUGCCCGAGUCCCUCUCCCACCAUUUCAGACCCCAAGGCCAAGGAAAAUAACUUGGCAUUGGCAGGUGCUCCCGUUCAUGAAUCUGAUCUUCUAGCUGUGGUUAUGAAUAAUGUUGGUCCGCUUUAUGAGAAUACGGUUGCUGCCGCUCAAGCUCGUGAGAAACCCAUCGGCAUGCCUGAUCUUGAAGCCCUUCUCUUAUCGGCUGAACGCCGUCUUCAAGCUUCGUCUUCUCCAGCUAUCUCUUCCGUGCGACAGCCAUGGUUGCUUCCCAUGGUGGUCGCUAGGGGUGGCAUUUUAAACCGAAAAACCGCAAAAAUCAACCGACAAUUUACCGCAAUGAAACUGCACGCAUUUGCGUUACCGCAAAUCGCAAAGUAUAGCCGCACGGAUGAUAAGAUAAUAUUGGUUCUCAAACAACACAACGAGGUUCUUCAAAUCCACUCACCACCAACACUUGAGUUUGUAGCUUUAGUUUUAAAAAUUCGCGGUUACCGAACCGCAACCACCCCUAGUGGUCGCGGUGGCCGUGGUGGGCGCGGUUUUGGUGAUCGCAGUGGCUUCGCCGGCCGUGCUUCGGAUCGUUGCAACUUUCUCUCUGCCCCGCGUUUUGGUUCUUCUCCGAACUUUAGGUCUUACGGCUUCUCCCAAUCCUCUUCUUCACAGCCGCGUCGUCACCACAAUUCUGGUCAAGGUGUUCUUGGGCCUCAUCCCUCCUCUUUUGGGUCUAAUUCUUCUUCUCGUGGGCCUUUGCAAUGUUACAAUUGUCGUGGUUUUGGACAUGUUGAUGCUGUUUGUCCUUCCAAGUCUACUUCCGUGCCCACUCCUCCUACUCGUCUUCAAGGCAUGACUGCUCACCAUCUGUCCCAUGGUGGGGCACAACAAUGGGUUGCUGAUAUUGGGGCUAACACCCACAUCACCAAUGACUUAAGCCAUCUUUCCCUUGCUAGAGAGUAUCAUGGUUCCGACAAUGUUGGAGGUGUGCUUGGUGGAACAGGUUUGCCUACCCAUAUUGGUCACUCUCGUAUCUCUCACCUUAACUCUUCCUUUUCUCUUAAUAAUAUUCUUCAUUGUCCUGAUGCCUCUCUUCCCCUUUUAUCUGAUUUGGCGACGAGGAAGAUUCUUUUCCGGGGCAAGAGUAGCAAUGGCCUAUAUCCGUUUUCCUUCUACCCGAAUGAGUCCUUUCAAAUUUUGCCUGAUCGUGUUGCUUUGCUAGGUGUUCAUGUCGGUCGCUCUGCGUUGGUCGAAAAUAUGUUCUCUACUAAAAUUAAGGCUUUUCAAUCUGAUGGGGGUGAGGAAUACACUAAUAAUUUAUUUAAGGAUUUUUUAUCUCAUCAUGGCAUUCAUCAUCGUCUCUCUUGUCCUCAUCACCAUGAGCAAAAUGGCUUAGCUGAACGCAAACACCGUCAUAUUGUUGAUACUUGCCUCACACUUUUGGCCGAUGCCUCUAUGCCCCCUUUCUAUUGGGCUGAAGCUAUGCAUACCGCUGCCUCCGCUACUGUUGCUCCGGACAGUUCUCUGUCGUCCACUGACAUGCCUCUCCUUCUUCCUGGCCCUACUUUUACCUCCCGUGGCUCUGUCUCCUCCCAACUCACUCCUCCGACGCUCCAGGCCCAACCCUCUCUCUCGGCUCCAGCCACUGCACCAACCGCUUCCCCUGACCCGCCUCCUUCUAACCCUGCACCACUCUCUGCCGUGUCCGCUCCUCCUCCGAGCUCACCAUCUAUGUCGUCACAUAUCCCUCUAGGUCUGCCUUCUCCUCUCCGCUCUCCUAGCCCGCCAGUCACCCCGCCUGCACCCCCUCAUUCUCGUUUCUCACAAACAUAUUCUAGAGACUCACAUCGCAAAAUUGUUGUUCCGUGUGCUGUCCCUGUUCCAUCUGGUACAUCUCCUCCUUCUGAUACUUCUCUGGUAAGUGUAUCCAAUACUCAUUUAAUGGCUACUCGUGCUAAAGCUGGUGUCCGUAAACCUAAUCCUAAAUAUGCGCAUCAUGCAUUGAUUUCUAUUGAUGAUUCGUUUGAGCCUACAUCUUUCUCGCAUGCUAAAAAGCUUAAGGAAUGGCAUUUUGCCAUGGCAGAUGAGUUUAAUGCUCUUCUUCGUGCUGGGACUUGGAUUUUGGUUCCUCGUACUCCUGCUAUGAAUCGUUAUAAGGCUCGCUUGGUGGCUAAUGGUUUUCAUCAACAACCGGGCCUUGACUAUGGUGAAACCUUUAGUCCUGUUGUUAAUCAUUCUACUAUUCGCCUUAUCUUGGCUCUUUCUGUGCAGUUUAGUUGGCAUGUUCGUCAGUUGGAUGUUCAGAAUGCCUUUUUACAUGGCUAUCUUGAUGAGGAGGUUUAUAUGCGCCAGCCUGUCGGCUUUGUUGAUCCCACAUAUCCUGAUCAUGUUUGCCGCUUACGACGCUCCCUUUAUGGUCUUAAGCAAGCCCCUCGCGCUUGGUUCCACUGUUUCUCUUCUCACCUACUUCGCUUGGGUUUUAUUACUUCUCAGUCUGAUUCGUCUCUCUUUGUGUACACUCAAGGCUCUAUUCACAUUUAUUUGUUGAUUUAUGUGGACAAUAUUCUUGUUACUGGCUCCGAUCCUUCCUGCAUCACCACCCUUAUCUCUAACUUGGGCCGCCAGUUCUCUAUGAAAGAUCUUGGCCCUGCCAACUAUUUCUUGGGCAUGGAGUUUGUUCGUACUCCAUCUGGCCUUUCUAUUACUCAGACCAAGUAUGUCGUCGACCUCCUCAAGCGUGUUAACAUGCAUGAAGCUAAACCUGUGCCAACCCCAGCUCUUAGUGGUCGUCGUCUUAGCAUUUCUGAUGGGGAUCCUCUUCCUGAUCCCACUGAGUACCGUAGUACAGUUGGGGCUCUUCAGUACUUAACUCUCACUCGUCCAGAUAUUGCCUUUGUUGUUAAUCAGGUGUGUCAAUUUAUGCAUCACCCCACUACUGCUCAUUGGCUCGCUGUCAAACGUAUUCUUCGUUAUCUGAAUGGCACACUCACUCAUGGUUCCAAGAAGCAACACGGUGUCUCACGCUCUAGUACUGAGGCGGAAUACCGUCAGCUUGCCUACACUGCCGCCACUCUCUCAUGGUUCCGUGCUUUAUUUCAAGAUCUUCAUCUUCCCGCUCCUUGUCCCAAGCUUUGGUGUGAUAAUAUUAGUGCUCUUUCUCUCGCUUCUAAUCCUGUUUUUCACUCUCACACUCGUCAUGUGGAGGUGGAUUAUCAUUAUGUUCGUGAACGGGUGGUCCGGAAUGAGUUACUCAUUGUGUAUUGUUCUACAGUUGAUCAGAUUGCUGACAUUUUUACUAAGGGCUUAUCAUCUGCCCGGUUCGCCUUACUCCGGUCUAAGCUGCUUGUGCCUCACCGCCCCGUCAGCUUGCGGGGGUGUAAUGAACGUUAA